AUGGUCUGUGAAAUUGAGCAUGUUGGUGAAUUUGUGCAAUCUUGUGAUAUUGAAACUUCAUUUCAGCAUUUUGAAGCAUACUCUGUGAAUUUAAAGGGGGUGUAUAAACAGUCUGGGGAAAUUGAUGUUGCAAACGAGAUUGAGGCGGCACAAUCAUUCCUUGACAGUUGUGAUGACAAGGAACAUGUUUUGUCAAAAGUUUUAGAUGCUAGCCCUGUGAAUUCUGUUGACAUGUUUCCCCCACCGCAAAAGGGUUUGAAAGUAACUGAACAACUUGGGGCUGAUCAAGGUCCUAAAAUGGGUAGGGUGUUUAGACCUUGGGAAGAAUUUGUAACUGGUUUUAGGGGAGGAACCAUAUUGUGGGAAAUAGGGAUUUGGAAGAGUAUGAUAUUACUAAAAGAAUCAAACUUCAUUUGGAAGGUUGCUUGGUUGGGACUAUUGACGGUUGGGGCUCCGAAGAAGAAUCACCAAUGA